GACGCGGCAGAACCUGACGCGCCGGAUGGCAGAGGGGCGCAACGUGGGCAUCAUCCCGGGCGGCUUCGAGGACGCGACGCUCCACGUGCAGGGGCGCGAGCGCACCGCCAUGUCUGACCGGAAGGGCUUGAUCAAGUACGCGCUGCAGCACGGGUACGCCCUCACGCCCAUCUACACCUUUGGCGAGUCGGAGACGUACGCCACGUUCCCGUACCUGCUCAAGCCCCGCCUCUGGCUCAACCGGUUCGGCAUCCCCGCGGUCGCGUUCUUUGGCGCGCCGUGGAUGCCCCUCUUCCCGAGGCGAAACGUGCCGAUCGCGUCGUGCAUCGGGCCGCCGCUGCAGCUCCCAAAGCUCGAGAAGCCGACUCCAGAGGAGGUGAGCAAAUGGCACGCCGCUUACCUCGACGCGCUCCAGGCCCUCUUCGACAAGCACAAGGGCGAGUGCGGCAAGCCCGACGCCAAGCUGGAGAUCUGGUGAACUGCGCGGACGCGCCCGUGCGGCACGGCAGCAGCUCGCAGACCUAGUACUCUCCACCGCUCACCAAAGAGACACGAUCAUGCUACAGCUCGGUGCGGUCAGGCCAUGGGUCAGGCCGCCCCGUUGUGGGUGUGUGAUCGUUGCGUGGGUGUGUGAUCAUCACACAUCAGGUCAUCAGCCGGGGCACACGAUAAGUUUGUGGUACACAAGUUUGUGGUGUGUGCUCACACUGGUGACACUACUCUGAUGUAAAAUGUAAUCAAGAACGCGGAGGCGGGAGGGAGUC